GUUCAUAAGACAAGAAGAUCUGCCUGCCACUAUUAGAUAUUUGUCAGCUACCUUUUCACAAAGCUGUUCAGCUAAAAGGUUUCUUGGGAGGGCUGCGUUCCAAUAGUUCCAAUAUGAUGAUGUUGGAAGAUCUUUUCCAGUCCUACGUUUCAGUAGGGCUGAUGGUGGCCUUCAUGUGCGUUCUUAUCUCCUUUUUUUUCCGCUCCAAAGACGAGACGAAGGAGCCUCCUGGACCUAAACCUCUUCCCCUGCUUGGUAACUUGCUUCAGCUGGAUCUCAAGAGAAUGGACCGCUCUCUUGUUGAUCUUUCCAAGAAAUACGGAUCAGUGUUCAAAGUGUACCUUGGAUCCCAGAAAGUGGUGAUUCUAGCUGGAUACAAGACCGUAAAGGAGGCGCUGGUUAACCAUGCUGCGGAGUUUGGAGAGAGAUAUAUCAGUCCGUCUAGCCAUGACUUCAGCGGUGAACAAAGGAAUGGAAUCGUUUUUGGCAACGGAGAAUCAUGGAAAGAAAUGAGGCGUUUCGCUCUGACAAACCUGAGAGACUUUGGGAUGGGCAAAAAAACAGCAGAGAAUAAAAUCAUUGAUGAGAUUCAGUAUCUGAUCGACGUGUUUGAAAGACAUGAAGGUCAACCCUUCAGUAAUGCCAAGUCAAUAAAUUAUGCAGUCUCCAACAUCAUCUCUUCAAUCGUCUUUGGCAACAGAUUUGAACACAAUGAUGAAGCGUUUAAACUCAUGAUAACCCGAGCAAAUGAAAACAUGCAGCUUGCAGGUUCUCCUUCAAUACAGUUGUUAAAUAUGUUCCCGUUGAUAUUUCAAUGGGUGAACAACCGGAUGCGUCUCAAGAAGAACGUUGCUGAAACCCGAAAACAAAUGAAACUGCUGAUCGGACGUCUACAAGAAACCUUGAAUGUUGAGAUGUGCAGAGGAUUUGUAGACUCGUUUCUAGCACACAAACAGAAGCUAGAGGAUUUGAAGAUCAUGGAUUCACACUAUAACAUUGAGAACCUGGUAUCAACUGCUGGAAACCUCUUCACGGCUGGUACUGAUACGACAGGAACUACACUGAGAUGGGUUCUGUUGCUCAUGGCCAAAUAUCCCCAAAUUCAAGAUCAGGUCCAGGCGGAGCUGAGCAGGGUGGUUGGAGACCGUCAGGUGAGGGCAGAGGACAGGAAGAACCUGCCCUUUGCUGACGCUGUCAUCCAUGAGACACAGAGAUUUGCUAAUAUAUUUCCCAUCGCUUUGCGUCACCAAACCAGCACAGAUGUGACUUUUCAGGGCUAUUUUAUAAGAAAGGGGACCCCAGUGUUUCCUCUAUUGACAUCGGUUUUGUGGGAUGAGAGUGAGUGGGAGAGCCCACGCACCUUUAAUCCUGCCCAUUUCUUGGACAAGGACGGAAAAUUUGUCAUGAGAGACGCUUUCAUGCCCUUCUCUGCAGGACGCAGGGCGUGUCCUGGAGAAAGUCUGGCCAAGAUGGAGCUCUUUCUCUUCUUCACUUCCCUCGUACAGCGUUUCUGUUUCACUCCUCCACCUGGAGUAAAAGAGGAUGAUCUGGAUCUGACUCCAGCAGUGAGCUUCACCCGCACGCCUUCACCUCAUGAGUUGUGUGCCAUCAGUCGCAAGGGAAGUCAAAAUGAGUAGAUUCUUGACUUCACUGAAUCAACUUUUUUCUUCAAUUUGGCCAAUUUAAAGCGGCACAAAAUUGCCAAAAAACAUGUGUAUAAAUGAUGACCACAGGGUGGAAAUUAUUAGGGCCUGAGCCGACUGAAAGUCCCCCAUAAAUGCUCCCUAUGGGGACAUUUUUUACCGAUUGAGCUGGAACCUUUUCACAAAGGUGCUCUUGGAUUUGCUCUACAAAAAGUCAAUUAUGGUAUGCAAAUGCGCCUACAGUUUUAUGUCCGCCAUUUUGAAUUUGGUGAAAAACACGUUUUUGCGAACACCUCCUAGAUGCCUGGUUCGAUUCUUACGAAAUCUUCGGCAAAAAAAGUCCCAAAUAUUCAAGUGAGCCCCUAGCCUUAAGCAUCGCUCCAAGUCAUUCCCCUAGGAGUCCCGUGAUCGAUUCCCAACAGAAAUGUUAACUUCUUUUUUUUCUUUUUUUUUCUGCGUGUCCGGCUGAUCGAAAGAACAAAGGGAUUCAGUUUACUCCAGGGGGAGCUGGCGGUACAAACGUCGCAAUUCGACAUAUGUAACCUAGACAAAUAAUACGGACAGUUCAAUAUAAUAACAUCUAUGGUUUCAAUACAAGUAUUCUGCCACAUACGGCUUGACAUGCGAACAAGUUUACUCUGCGAUCUCCAUUAACCGUCCCUGCUCUGCUCACUGAAGCAACGCCAAAGGGGGGGGGAGGCGCUGGCGGUCUGGAUGGGGCAGCCGUUCGGCGGCGGGUCGCGAGUUCAACAUAUCUAACCUAGACAACUAACAAGGACAGUUCAAUAUAAUUACAUCUUUGGAUUUAAAUACAUGUAUUCUGCCACAUACGGUCGCGCUCGUAGUCUCGCGUGAGUUUGUUAUUAUCGCGAGAAUUCGCCAGCUCUAACGUAAUGUAUUUCUGUUCAAAGUAACCUCUAUUCAGGUUUUGCACAUUGAACAUCGCCCCAACUUAUUUAAUAAGACUCCUGAUGUGACUUAAAUUGUGUUUAUUGAAUAAUACUGCAAAAAAUAGUCCCCACGGAUUGCAUUCUCUGCCCUGACGCAAUGUGGUUGAAUCCACCUCUUUAGGUCAUGUUUUGAUUGCGUAAUCACAACAGCCCAAGUGGUUGAGUGCAUAGGCACAGGUUCUUCAUUUGAAAGACCUGGCUUCGAUAGAGCCAUAGUGUAUAUUUGUUUUUCUUCUUUUUAACUGCGUGUCUGGCUGAUUUAACAAAAAAAAGGAUUCAGUUUACUCUCCUUGGUGAAGUUAAUGACUUAACUUUCACACUUUAGAGGUUCACUAAUGUCACAGUGGUUCGCUGGUGCAGGCAGAACAGGAAGUAGGACCCAGGCGCAGGAUUCUUACAGAAAGUGUUCUUUAUUCACUAAGACAAUGACGCGACGAGGGACAACAGGUACACGGGGCUUAAAUACAUAAGGGAGGUGCAGGUGAUUGGACACAGGUGGAAACAAUCAGGCAAUCACAAGACAAGGCAGGAAGUGAAGUUCACCCAGAGACACGAGAGACAAGAAAACUACAAAAUAAGACAUAGAGCAGACCCAAACCGUGACAACUAGAGCUCUCAUGGUUUUAUUCAUAGUUCAUGCAGAAUACAGAAAUAAUGAAAGUUCAAAGUGAGCCCAGGUAGACAAGUUAUCAACCUUAAUUGACAAUCCAUUGAUAACAUUGCUGGAAUCUCCUCUGCCUUAAGACUACAAUAUUACUUUUAGCUAAAAGUACAUGGCUUAACUGAUUCAAUUUGAAUUUACCAAUAUAUAUAAUGCCCUGGAGGAAAAGCAUAUCUUACUAAAAUUAUUAAGUAAAGCUCUCUUCAGGAAGACAGCCACGUGGUCAUCCAGUGUGUGUAGUUAAAAGGUUGAUAUUUCUUGAUGGAGCAAAAGUGGUGUGAUUAGCUGUCGUCCUUUGCCUUGAGUGAACCAAAGUGAUCCUACUUUUCAAUAUUAUAUCAACCUAAAGAAUCAAUGACAUUUAAGAUCUAACAGCUAACCGUUACAUGCUCUCCACCUCUUAGAGUACUUCAAACAUGGUCAUGUUAUUGCCUGAAGCCACACAUUGAAUCGACAUCUCCCAUGUUUUACAGACUCAAACAGGUGUGAUUUGACUGUAUAAAAAUGUGAUCUUCAAUAAAUGAAUGACUUUUGAAAUCCUUUCAGUACAACAAGGUUUGUGAGAACUGGCUGAUCGAGGGUCAUUAUAUGUAGGGGCCCGGUUGACAUGCCAUCCCAGGUUAACCUUCUCAUUUCCCAACGCGCAUCCGGCUGACCGCUGCCCCCCCGACAUGCAAGGGGAGGCGAAGGCCCGUUCAUCGCUGCCCGCAGCUUUAAAUGUAUUCAUUACAUUUUGUGUCACACCAUUAUUGACAUAUUUGAUUGACUGCUUGACAACCAAUU